AUGAAUGGCCCUGGUCCAUUGGCACCAUUGUUUGUUGACAUAUCCGGUGUUUAUUUCCGACCAGAAGGUAUAGGAAAUACAUAUAUUUGUGGAUGUAGUCCGACUGAAGAAAGUGACAAAUCGGAAGAUAAUUUGGAGGUCGAUUACUCAGUUUUUGAAGAGCAAAUAUGGCCAGCUUUGGCGAAACGUAUACCAAGUUUCGAAACAUUGAAGCUGAAAAAUGCCUGGUGUGGCUUCUACGAUUACAAUUAUUUCGACCAAAAUCUUAUCGUAGGUGCACAUCCACAACAGCAGAACUUUAUUUUCGCUAACGGUUCCAGCGGUCAUGGUCUUCAGCACGCACCCGCCAUCGGUCGCGCUAUCUCAGAAUAUCUAUCCGAUUUCAAAUAUCAUUCAAUUGAUUUAACACGUUUUGGCUUUCAACGUGUUGUCAAUAAUACUCCAAUCUAUGAGCCGAUGAUUGUUUAA